AUGGCCUCUCAACAGCAAACGCGGGUCCUCAGGGUGGGCAUUAUCGGCUGCGGCGAGAUCACCCAGGUCAACCACAUCUCCAAUCUCAACUUUCUCUACGAGCGCUACCAGACGACAUAUCUCUGUGACAUAUCCCAGCAGGCCCUCGCCCACUGCGCCAGGAAGGUCCAAGGAGGGACGCCCAAGACAACUUCCGACGCGGCGGAACUAUGCUCCUCGCCUGACGUCGACGUCGUGUUGAUCGCCAACGCUGACGCAUACCACGUCGAUCACGGCAUCCUGGCCCUACAAAACGACAAGUACGUCCUCAUCGAGAAGCCCGUAUCGGUCUGCUUCCGCGAUCUGGACCUCCUCAUCGAGGCCGAGAAGAAGUCCAAGGGCAAGGUCAUGGUCGGCACCAUGCGCCGGUUCGCGACUGCUUUCACGGACGCUGUCGAGGAGGUCGGCGGCAUGGACAAGAUCCAGUACGCCAGGGUGCGGGACAUCAUCGGGCCCAACUCGACCUUUGUCGAUCAGUCUGGCACGUUUCCUCUCAAGUUUAGCGAUUACAGCGAGGCCGACACCAACGACCGAGUGAAGCGCGAGGAAGACAUCUUCGAACAGGCACUUGGGAAGGAGUUCGGAGUGCCCGUCACCUCUAACUCGCAGACUAUGUUGCGCAUCCUUGGAGGACUCGGAACGCACGACUUGUCCGCGAUGAGGGAGAUCGUCGGCAUGCCCAAGAGCGUCGCCGGGGCCUGUCUGACAUUCCCUGGCAUCUUCAGCGUCCUUUUCAAGUACGACGGCUUCCCCGUCACGUACGAAUCCGGCUUCAGCAAUGUGCCGCAGUUUGACGCCCACAUCGAGGUGUACUCCCCCAACAAGAUCGUCCGCGUCAACUUCGACACCCCCUACGUCAAGGGGCUGCCCGUCACAAUGACCGUCAGGGAACUGGUGGGCAAGGACGGCUUCCAGGAGCGGACCGUCAGGAAGACGUACCAAGACCCGUACACGAACGAGUUCCUCGAGUUCUACGACUGCGUGGUCAACGGCAAGGCGCCCAAGACGAGCGCCGCGGACGCAAGGAAUGACGUAGAGCUGUUCAAGAUGAUCCUCCGGGCCGAUGCUGGCAGAUAUCAAAGCACAUAA